CCCACUCUCUAGUCUCUCCUCCCGAAAUCACCACUCUGCCAAGCGGCUCGCUUUGCUUGAACACGCGCGCACCCGAACCAAAUGCGACACGCACCGGAGGAGACGGCGAUGGAGUCGGAUUUGGCGGCGGCGGAGGAGGAGUGGCGGCGGAAGGAGCGGCAUGCGGGUGGCCGCAUCCAGAAGAUGGAGGUGGGGAAGGAAGCCGGAGGCAAGGGGGAAGUCUGGAGGCGAGGCGCGGAAGUAGAGGUGGAGGUGAUGGCGGACGGGGUCGGGGAAGACGGGUACAAGUGGGGGGAGCGCGACUCGAUCGGUCGGAAGGGGAGGAUGCAGGGGCACCAGAGGCCGCCGGUCGCGGCGGGGCACCGCCCGUUCUGGAGGCCGAGAGGCGGAGGCGUGAGCGGGAGGGGAGGGAGAGGAGGAGGGUUUCAGUUUCAUCGCUGCCCUCGGGACCUGCCGCACCACAAAUUGGACAUCUCUAACAAACCUGAAGUAUGUGGUGGUGCAAUUAUCAUCUGCAAUCAUGAGACUAAGCGGCAGUUCUUCGAACAGAAACAUUUUGCUCUUCCUGGUUAUGCUGCAACUUUUAUAAAGAAGAUCAGAGCUGGUAUGCUUCUCUUUCUGUUUGAGCAUGAGGAGAGAAAACUCUAUGGAGUGUUUGAGGCAACUUCAGAUGGAGCACUGAACAUUCUUCCAGAUUCAUGUGCUUCAUUAUGCAAAUUUCGACCAGCUCAGGUUCUUUUCAGAAGAGUUUGGUUUUGUAAGCCCCUAACUGAAGCUGAAUUUUCUGAUGCCAUCAAAGGAAGUAGUCUCCUCCCUCAAAGGUCUUUCUUUGGUAUAUCAUACCAACAGGUUUUGGAUCUUGUGGACUUAUUUACUUCAAGAAUGAUCAGGCUUCACCCCUACCAAAAACCAAAAUCAAGAGUUUUACGGGAUUACAAAAUCUCUCUAGCUCGUACUGGUCAAGAGUUCAGUUCAUACAACCAUAGCAAUGCCGCCUUUAGUCGUUCUUCUUUCAUGUUCUGCAACAACAGAAUCUCUUUACCACAUAGUCCCUUCAUGUAUGCCAAACACAAUGGUAAGCAUCCUGCUCAUAAACAUGAGUCUCCUCUACACCCUUGGCAUAAGCCUGUGGUCUUCAAGGCACCAGAUAUCUUAGAAAAAAGCAAGCCAGAUGAUGCUGAUUAUAUACCACUUGAGCUAGAUGAUUGUAACUCUGACAGUGAUGCAAAUCUCUCAACUUUGAUGGGGAUUGUAAACUUCCAUUCAACCAUGGAGAGUAACAUCAGAUGUGGAAAUCAAGCUCCCAAACCAUUUAAUGGAAAACACAAUGAGGAUGAUCGGUGCCAUCCACCUGUGCUAAACCAAAGGUUCAUUUCUGAAAGUGAAACUGGUCAAAACAGUGUAAUCGCGCACAUUAUGAAAGAGAGCAAAUCAAAGUUGCAGGCCAAGGAGUGCAAGCGAAAGGCAAUCGUCCAGCUUGAUGAACUCUCAGAUGUGUUAUCCCCAAUGAGAGCUUGCAGUAUGGCAAAAAAGAUAUCAUUUAGCUUUGGUGGCAAUGGGGUUUCUGUUACUUCUGAUAAAGCAUCACACAAGCCUACACUUUCUGAACUACAACAGAACAGAGAAGCAGUUCUAAAAGAAAGGAAGGAACAGAUUGGCUUUUCGCCCCGAGACAUUCAGAGCAAGGAGAGAGAUGCUUCGACAAAGAUGAGUAUGCUGAUUGCAGAACAACUUAGGAAUCAGCAUGCCCAGAGCCACGCCAGAAAUAGUGAUUUGCCCCGAGACAUUCAGAGGAAGGAGAGAGAUGCUUCGACAAAGAUGAGUAUGCUGAUUGCAGAACGUCUUAGGAAUCAGCAUGCCCAGAGCCGCGCCAGAAAUAGUGAUUUGCUGGUGACUCAAUCAGGUAUCAAGUUGACAUCCACACUUCUCGCAGAUGAGGAAUGAGGGUAGAAGGGACAGCACUUUUUAGUCCAACAGUGACCAGGUAGCGAUAUAGGAGCUGAUGACAGCAGUAUGUUGCACUAACGCUUUUUGCCUCGGAGAAAUUUCUGGAGACAACUCUAUGAGUAGUAUAUCUUAGGAUGUUUCUGAUUUGCUUUUGCCUCACAAUGCUCGACUGCUGUAAAUAGACUGUAUCAGCUAUCGCAUUGUUAUCAUUCAGUUGAUCAAAUUCAGAUCUUAAUUCGGUGUUCAGAGUUGUAAUUCUGUAAGGAGAUCUUAGUAUGCUUCUAACUAAUGGUUGGCUAAGAGUUUGUGGGCACUCUGCUAAUAAGAUGAUAUCUUUUGCAUGAAUUUUUACUUGCAGGCUGUUUCCUGGCA